AUUCCAUACAACUUACCUUAUUUGCCCACUGUUCAUUCCGAGUUACUAUUUGCACCGGAAUCCAGUCUGUGUGAAAUAAGGACAACGGAAGGAGACAAAAGGUUGAAGAAUGGCUUGCGG